UCUGUCUGGGAGGGGAAGCUCUGUUUGCAAAUGAGUUCAGCAAUGUUUCAUCCUGUUCUUUUGUACUUGAGUUGUAGCUCACGAGACUGAGAAGUUCCCCCUGUAAGCUAUGAUUGCGAACUUAGCCUGAACUGUUGAAAACCCUCGGCAGUGACAGUUGAACGUUUGAGGAAGUUUAACAGAAGCAUCAGAAUGGCCGACUACAACACCCAACCACAAGCGCCUAGCAAAUUGAAUCAAGUUCAGGAGCAAGUCAACGAUGUUAAAGUGAUUCUCAAAGACAACAUCAACAAGGUUCUGGAGAGAGGAGAGCGAUUAGACGACCUGAUCGGAAAAACAGACGAUCUACAAGCUACGGCCGACUCAUUUCAAAAGACGUCCACGCGUGUUGCCAGGAAGAUGUGGUGGAGAAACACCAAGAUGAUGAUUAUAAUCGGUGUGGUGGUGCUUGCCAUCAUCGUGUUAAUCAUUUUGUUAGCCACAGGUGUGAUUCCCACAUAAACACAAGCCGUUUCAUUGCAAAAAAUGAUGCAUUUCAAUUAUUUGUAUUUUUUAGGCACACAUUAAUUCAAAAUGUUCCUAUAAACUGGAUAAGUAACUAUGUAACUACAUGGAUUUAUGUAUAGAUGAAUUGCUAUUUUUGUGAUAAUGACAUUUCCCAAUAUUUUCUAUUUAAAUCUGGGACAAAUGUG